AUGUCCUCCUCCUCCUACGCCAAGAACGGGACCGCGGACGGGCCGCACUCCCCCACCUCGCAGGUGGCCCGAGGCACCACGACCCGGAGGAGCAGGUUGAAAAGAUCCGAUGGCAGCACCACUUCGACCAGCUUCAUCCUCAGACAGGGUUCAGCAGAUUCCUACACAAGCAGGCCGUCCGACUCCGAUGUCUCUUUGGAAGAGGACAGGGAAGCGAUUCGGCAGGAGAGAGAACAGCAAGCAGCUAUCCAGCUGGAGAGGGCAAAGUCCAAGCCUGUGGCGUUUGCUGUGAAGACGAACGUGAGCUACUGUGGUGCCCUGGACGAGGAUGUGCCUGUUCCAAGCACGGCCAUCUCUUUUGACGCCAAGGACUUUCUCCACAUUAAAGAGAAAUACAACAACGAUUGGUGGAUAGGCAGGCUGGUGAAAGAGGGCUGUGAGAUCGGCUUUAUCCCAAGUCCACUCCGCUUGGAGAAUAUCCGGAUUCAGCAAGAACAAAAAAGAGGGCGUUUCCAUGGAGGGAAAUCAAGUGGAAAUUCUUCUUCAAGUCUGGGAGAAAUGGUAUCAGGGACAUUUCGAGCAACUCCCACAUCAACCGCAAAACAGAAGCAAAAAGUGACGGAGCACAUUCCUCCUUAUGAUGUUGUGCCAUCGAUGCGUCCUGUGGUGUUAGUGGGGCCGUCAUUGAAAGGUUAUGAGGUAACAGACAUGAUGCAGAAAGCCCUCUUUGAUUUCCUGAAGCACAGGUUUGAUGGGAGGAUAUCAAUAACAAGAGUGACAGCUGACAUUUCUCUUGCUAAGAGGUCUGUCCUAAAUAAUCCAAGCAAGAGAGCAAUAAUUGAACGUUCGAACACCCGGUCCAGCUUAGCGGAAGUACAAAGUGAAAUUGAAAGAAUCUUUGAGUUGGCAAGAUCUUUGCAACUGGUUGUUCUUGAUGCAGACACCAUCAAUCACCCAGCACAACUUAUAAAGACUUCUUUAGCACCAAUUAUUGUUCAUGUAAAAGUCUCAUCUCCAAAGGUUUUACAGAGAUUGAUUAAGUCUAGAGGAAAAUCCCAAAGUAAACACUUGAACGUUCAACUGGUGGCAGCUGAUAAACUUGCACAAUGCCCUCCUGAAAUGUUUGAUGUUAUAUUGGAUGAAAAUCAGCUAGAGGAUGCAUGUGAACACCUGGGAGAGUACCUCGAGGCGUACUGGCGUGCCACCCACACGACCAGCAGCACCCCCAUGACCCCGUUGCUGGGGAGAAAUUUGGGCUCCACAGCACUCUCACCAUAUCCCACUGCAAUUUCUGGGUUACAGAGUCAGCGAAUGAGGCACAGCAACCACUCCACAGAGAACUCUCCGGUUGAAAGACGAAGUCUAAUGACCUCUGAUGAAAAUUAUCACAAUGAAAGGGCUCGGAAGAGUAGGAACCGAUUGUCUUCCAGUUCCCAGCACAGCCGAGAUCAUUACCCUCUUGUGGAAGAAGAUUACCCCGACUCCUACCAGGACACUUACAAACCCCAUCGGAACCGAGGAUCACCUGGGGGAUAUAGCCAUGACUCCCGACACAGGCUCUGA